UUGAUCGUUUGUCUUUCACAAAUAAUGGGCUCGUAAAUGCUCAAUCGAGUUAUAACUGUUGGUAUAUCCCGUGCUAAUUAACAUAACCUUUGAACAAAAAUUCGGAAAAUUUCGAAUCGUUCAUAUAAUUUUAUUGAAAUCAUAUCCGUGAAGAUUAUUUGUGCAUCAGCAGCAGAUUCAGAUCCUUAUUCCAUUGCGUCAUAAAUAACCGAAAAAUGCAAGUCGUAUUAGCGUUUCGAAAUUAGGCGGAAUUUCGUUUCCCUAGAAAUAGCAUAGACCUCAUGUUAAUUCGUACGUGUAUAAACAUUCUGCAUAUGCAUUUGUUGUUAGCCAUGGAGCUGGUAUCGCUUGCGAAGGAGAUGCUCCAGACAGUUGCGGAGCAAGCGGCUAGCUACCGUGCAGGGCAGACUCUCCUGAGAUGGCUGGACCGCGUGCUGUGGACAGUAGAGAAGUGCGCCCGAUGGGCUGUACCGCCACCGCUCGAUCAAGACGAGAGACCACAGCCCGAACUCGUCCGCCCAUUGCCGUGGAUAUUCUUCUUAGCGUUGCUUAUAACUCUGCGUGUUACCAGGGAAUCGAUAUCCCUGAUCAACUUGGCAAUGGGGAAACCGCCACUGCGCUCUGCUGAUGUGGUAAUGUACAUCCAAAGCAAACGUCGAUAUCUCCGCACUCUCAAAUAUCAAGGCAACCGCGUAAUGCGUGCGCGCACUAGUACCGGGCAGCCGCAGCAAAGCUGGUACAAUCGCAUACAGGCCCUCUUCGACUUCACUAUGUGCUUCCGUAACUCGCAUAACUACGGCAACAAUAAUACCACAUGUGUCAGCAACAACGACGAGGUGUUGGUAGUGAAGCGCAGUAAGCGCGGUCGUCAACCGACAGCAGUGGGAGUGGCCAGUGCUGUGGCGGCCGCGGAGACAACUAUGGACCGUCUCAUUGAGAAGAUGAUGCAGGAUCUUGAUGCCGAUACCGACGACGAUUCCAGUUUUACGUUAACCAACGUAACGAGUGUCAGAAGCGAUCGUUCGGACACUCCAGAAUCGGAUCAAGACUCGGUACUGCACUACGAUGGGUCCACGCCGCGUAAAUCUAAAACAUCGGACACAGACAGUAACACUGCGUCCAAUAACACUGAACAGCCAACGCCAAAGAAAAUAGAAUCGCCCAAAAAAGAGAGUGACGUCACAGAAAAAGAAGAACACGUCACUGCGGACGUACACCACGAAUCAGCAGAUGAUCAAGAAAAACAAAUUAACAACGAAACUUUAGAACAACAAGACAGUGACGAGUCGAGCGAUGAAGAAGGUAUGAAUGAAGCAACAGCGAUGACAAGAGAGGACGCAGCAUUACAAAUGGAUAUGUCGACUCCUCCACGAUCGGCCAAAGAGGAGUCUCAGCUGUUGAUUCAACAAGAAGGCAGCCCGUAUCAACGCCAACAUUCACCGAGCAGCGACCACAAAAAUGUGAAUGGACAAAUUCAGAGUUCUCCCAGCAAUAAGAAAGGUCUAAACGUCGACCAGAGGGAAUACAACCCAAAUAAUAUAUCCAUGUGAGGAGAACAGGUAAUAAAUAUUAAGGCAGCGUGGAAACGACGGACAUCAGACGAAAGACCGCGCCUGCUCACUUGACGGGGCCGCCACACUGCUCACGGCAGCGAAACAAUACGCGGUAAUUCGUGUACCAGCAGUAUUUUCUAUCAUAUCCACCCUGCCUUAUAUCCGCGCGCUCAUAUAAUCACGAACUUUUUAUCAGCCACCGGCGCGGUCAGGUUCGCACGUGUCAUUAUAGAACUGACUGGACUAUUGUAGGGUUUGGUAUACUGUUCGAAGUUAAAAUUUCAGGGUGCUAAAUAUCACUUGUUGCCUUUACAGAUGGCAAUUCUAUUUCAUUAAUGUUUUCUCUAUUUCAUCGCUAGUAACACUCUCAUGUUGUAUUGCGACCGUCGUCUGCACGCGGCCUGAAUUUACUACUGCCAAUAUGUUCAGCUCAAUAGGAACUGAAGAUAUUUUGUAAUAUUUUAAUGGAAUGUACUAGCUGUUCGCUUCGAGUUGGCCGUGACCGUCACUAAAUGACGUCAUAUGCACAUCAUUUGGUACCGUCGAAAAAGAAAUAAUAAUUGUAUUUUUACUUAGCUUUAUUUUCCACCAGUAAAAGACUAGUUAGGAGUUGAUAUGGCGUUGCUAGCGGUGAUUAGGUCUGCUACAUGCGCGGUACAGUGAAGCAGAGGCCAACACGAAGUGAGUGUACAUAUCAAAUUUCUAUCUCAGAAAUCAACCGAAAACAAAAGUACAUAUUGGCAUGCACAAAACUCAAAACUACUUUCUUUUUACUACGGUGAUGUAUUGUAUGUUUUAUGGAUAUAAAAAUAAUGCCUCAAAAUGUAAUUUUACCUAAUAUUGAAUUGAUUUGCUUGGACAAUUUUUUAUCAAUGGAUGGGUGCACGUGACUAGUUAUUAAUAUACUGUUUUUUUUUACAUUUGUUAAUUAUUUAUAUCAUAAAAAUCUUUUCUAUUGAAUUAUUCUACUAUUUUAACACAAAUUACAUGUAAGUUAAAUAUUUUGUAGUUCUUUUUAAUAGUAACAGUGAACGAAAUGUAGAUAUUGUAGCGUACGAUAUGUUUUGCGAUAUGUGUCGUCCAUUGAACAUGUUCGAUACGCAGUCACGCGCACAAUAUACAAAAAUACGUUAUUAAAAUAUUUAUUUUAAAUUCGAUAUAGAUAUUUAAUUGUAGCAUAAUAUGUAACAUGAAAAUCAAUGCAAAUGAAUCUGCUUAGGAAUUUCAGAAUCUGCGUAUAAUUUAUCGAUUAAUAUACUUUUUUUAUUAAUUUUGUAAUACAAAUCUGGUACAUAAUGCAAAUAAUUAUGUGUAACAUGCUGAAUGCUUAUAUUUUUUUAACGAUAAGUUGAAUCAGUUUUAAGAUAAGUUAAUAAGGUUUAUAAUUAAAUAGUGGUUGUAAGUUAGCGAUAAUUAUUGCACCUAAUUAUAUAUUUAUGAAGUUGUAAGUAAUUGAAUAAAAAGUGGUAUAUUUAUUAAAUAUUAUAUUCCAUCCUAAAACAGGGAUAGUUGUUAACAGUGACAGGGUCAAAAAUAUUAUGUAUAAUAUCGAUUUAUACGUGUAAACGAAAUUUAUGUUAACUAAUAUUUUUAAUAAACGCUAAAUUAAUUGUAUUUCAAUAUAAUUGAAAUAUUUAAUAAUAAAAAUAUUGGUGAUGACUGUACAGUCAACAGUACGUCAGGUUAUUCCAAUCUGUCGAGUUUUUCUACUUGAUUCUGAACCUUAUAAUUUGUGCGUAGAGUUUAAAAUCAAGCUAAUAAAUUUGACAUAUUGUAAUUUCAUUUUCAGCCAUGUGUAUGCUACAGUUCAGCAAUAUUGAUCACUUGUACCUAUAUAGUAGUUGUGACGCAAGUUAUUCUUGAAAUUGCAAUACUCAAUUGUUUAUAAUAAAAAUAUUAAUUUAAUGGAAGUAUGUUGUUUACGUAUAAUGUUUACGAAAAAUAAUUUCCAAAGAUUUGGCUGUGUGCAUCUGGUAUGUAGAACCUUAGAACAAGUGUUGUUCUAAGUGUAGAACAGAAGACUGAUAAAAUCAACUGUUCCUAUUUAUUAUUAUUAUCCUAAAUUUACAUGCUAUCUGAAUUGUUCUUUUUUAUCGUAAUGAAAUUUUGAAACGUGUUUAUCAAUUUAAAAAAUAAU